UGCGGCUAAAUUUAUUACAGUUACAUAGCUUGGAGAUUAAAACAAAUGACUUAAGUCUUGUUAUUUAUGGAUAUGAUUCAAAUUUCCAAGGGGUAGGGGGACCCAAGUAAAAAAGUCAUGGAAAUUCAGAGGAUGGGGGUAAUACAGUGAAGCCCCCCUGGAACAGAAAAUCCUGGGGGGUGGGGGUCAAACUGGAAAUGAACUCUCCAUGGGGGGUAUGGAUAUUUUCUAAAACCACACAUUAAGUGUGCGAAAUGUUUUACUAUAUAUGGUUUAAUUCAAAAGGGAAAUCAAAGAGAAUCAAUUCAUCUAAGCUCCACAUUAUUAAUUAACAUUAUUUUUGCACAUUGAAUUGAUUUAAUUAUCCUUAUUAAUAAAAUAAUUUCAGGCUAGCUCCUCAGAGAUUUGGGCUAGUAAGAUGAAAUUACAGCUUGCCCAAAUUUCAUCUCAUCCUGAACUGGGGAAUAUCCAAUUUUCACAACUGCACAUGUUACAAAAAAGAUUUGAAGGAUAAUAAACACUAUAGCCUCCAUUUGGUGCAAAAAUAUCCUCACACAUUAUCUAUCCCAAGAAGUGAACAGUUUUCCUCGAGCUACGCACAUUCUCACAAAGCUGUUCAAUUCUCGGAACAGAUAUAUAUGUCUGCGGACAAUUAUCCCAGCAUAUUAUUGAGAGAUUGUCGUUUAUGAGUAACAUGAAAUUCUCAGAAAUUGGUAAAAUUGAUAGAAAUAUUGAACUGAAAUGACGGAAAUCAAUAAUCAUAAGGAAGUGGGUGAUAUUUUUUAAUUGAUUAGUAUCGAUUAUCAUUGAUAUUGAUUUGAAAAUUUAUUAAUUCCUUGCGUGUUAAAGUUGUAUCACAACUAAACAAUGCCAAAUCUUCUCUGUUUGUUAGUAAAUUAAUUACAACUCGUGCUAGGUCUGCAAACUUAUUUCUAUCUAACGACUUGUCCAUAGAAGUACGGCUUCCGUGUUCCGUCGCGCGCUUUCCGAUUAUGUGAUGUUUUUUUUAUUAUUAAAUAAAUCUUCAUUUGUUACCUCUAUCGUUAGGUAAUCAAGCUCACGUAAAACUUCAUACAGUCUCUCAAGUGGUACAUCUGAUGUGAUAGUGAGAAGAUCAUAACUUGCCCCGUAUAAUACCGGGUUGUAAUGUGACUUAUACCGUAAAUUCCCUUACCUGAAUAGCAGGCAAUCUAUACAAACAUUUAGGUCCAGCAUUCAAGCCUGUCUUUAUACACAAUAGUGGAUUGCCUACUUUGUAAGCCGCCUGUAUUUGAAGAAACCCACAACAUGUCCGAAACAUCGGCGCCAUUUUGCUUCCGCCAUUGAUUUCAGUGAACAUUGGCCUCGUGAUCCCGUGACAGGUAAAACACGUCACGGUUGCGUUCGUGAUGCGCUAUAUGCGUGAUGGGUCCCGUGACGCAUCUGCGUAUACGUGACAUUUCAACCAGUGGCUUUGGUGAUGAUCGUGAAUGCGUUAGUUUUUCCCGUGAAAUGUGAAAUGACUGUUUUUUAUUCCUUGUGAAUCGUAAUUCCUCUAAUAAUCGGUCCUCGAUUUUCACAAAUUAAUUUUCCCUUCACCAUGCACCACGAUCGCGUCAAAAUUAAUCUCGUUCCCAGAUCUCUUGUGGACGAAGCCGGAGGAACGAGAUUACGUCAAAAUCUGUGAAAAUUUUAUUUCAGAAAGACCAUGGGAUCGAGGUUGCGUUGCGUGCGGUAGGUAGGUAUUCUUUGAUUGCCAAAUGCCGUGUGCCUUGCGUCCGUUUGAACAGUAACUGAGAUGAGUUCGUCGAGAAAAGUAACUGUUAAAAUGUGGUAGGACCCGGGGAUAGGACAUGGAGUUUGUCACUCCUUAAGUGUCACUGCAUUUCGGAGUGUUCUCCACCCUACCGCAGCUAGUUCCAUCCAGGAAAACACUGAGUUCUAGUGUAGUCUCAGUAAUGGCCAACCUCGUUCCCAGGGUCUCUCAUCUCUCUUCGCUCGCUCCAGGGGGCGGUAAGAUGAGAGACCCUGGGAACGAGGUUGAGUAAUGGCGUCUUCGAUGUGAUUCGUAGUCGACUCGUUGUCGCUGGUCUAUCGCUGGUUUAUAAAGACAAAUGCAAGCAUUGUGGCCAGGUCUUUAACCACAUAUCAGCUUACAAAUAGUGUGAACAUUAACUCACACAGGAAUGGCGGCAUAUACGUGCAAGUAUUGCAAAAAGUGCUUUAGCAACUUAUCAAACUUCAACAAACAUGAAGGAACUCACACAGGAGUGAAGCCAUAUAUAUGUAAGCAUUGUAAUAUGUGCUUUAGCGACUUACCAAAAUGCAAGCAACACGAAGGAACUCACACAGGAGGGAAACCCUGUACUUGCAAGCAUUGUAAAACAUGCUUUAGCCACUCAUCAGAUUACGAGAAACAUGAACAAAGUCCCACAGGAGUGGACCCAUUUACACGCAACCAUUGUAGAAAGUGCUUUAACUACUCAUCAAGUUGGAAGCGACAUGAGCAAACUCAUACAAGAGUGAAGCCGUAUGCAUGCAAGCAUUGUAAAAAGUGUUUUAGCGACUUAUCAAAUUGCAAGAGACAUGAACGAACUCAUACAGAAGUUAAGCCAUAUGCAUGCAAGCAUUGCAAUAAGUGCUUUAGCGACUUAUCACACUGUAAGCGACAUGAACGAAUUCACACAGGAGUGAAGCCGUAUGCAUGCAAGUAUUGUAAAAAGUGUUUUAGCGACUUAUCAAAUUGCAAGAGACAUGAACGAACUCAUACAGGAGAGAAGCCAUAUACAUGUGAGCAAUGUAAAAAGUGCUUUAGCUGCUCAUCAGAUUGCAAGAGACAUGAACGAACUCAUAAAAGAGUGAAGCCUUAUGCAUGUAAGCAUUGCAAAAGGUGCUUCAGUUACGUAUCAACUUGCAAGCGACAUGAACGAACUCACACAGAAUUUAGGCCGUAUACAUGCAAGCAUUGUAAAAAGUGCUUUAGUCAGUCUUCGCAUUGCAAACAACAUGAACGAACUCACGAAGAGUUUAGCCUUGCAAGCAUUGUAAAAAGCGUUUUUCAGUCCUUGAAGGGAUUUGAUUACUGUGUGAGAACAAGUAGCCUUAGAGGUAAUUUGCAGAAUUUGCAGACAAAUGCAAGCAUUGUAGCCAGUUCUUUAACCAGUUUUCAGUUUUCAAAGAGUGUCAACAAACUGCACACAGGGAUGGUGUUACAUACAUGCAAGUAUUGCAAAAAGUGCUUUACAAACUUGACAGACCUCAGCAAACAUGAACGAACUCACACAGGAGGGAGGCCAUAUGUCUGCAAGUAUUGUGAUAAGUGCUUUAGCCAGUAUCCAAGUUGCAAGAAACAUGAACGAAUUCAUACUGGAGAGAAGCCAUAUAUAUGUAAGCAUUGUGAUAUGGCCUUUAUCAACUCAUCAAACUGCAAGCAACAUGAACGAACUCACACCGGAGAGAAGCCGUAUGCUUGCAAGCAUUGUAACAAGUGCUUUAGGCAAUAUAUGCAUUGCCAGCGACAUGAACUACUACACACUGGAGAGAAGCCGUAUACAUGCAAGCAUUGUAAUAUGCCCUUUAACAACUCAACAAACUGUAAGCAACAUGAACGAACUCACACCGGAGAGAAGCCGUAUGCUUGCAAGUAUUGUAAAAAAUGCUUUAGCCAGUAUGCAAGUUGCAAGAGACAUGAAAGAACUCAUACUGGAGAGAAGCCAUAUACAUGUAAGCAUUGUAACAUGCCCUUUAACAACUCAUCAAACUGCAAGCAACAUGAACGAACUCACACCGGAGAGAAGCCGUAUGUUUGCAAGCAUUGUAACAAGCGUUUUAGGCAGUAUAUGCAUUGCCAGCGACAUGAACUACUACACACAGGAGAGAAGCUGUAUACAUGUAAAUAUUGUAAUAUGUCCUUUAGCAACUCGUCAAACUGCAAGCAACAUGAACGAACUCACACCGGAGAGAAGCCGUAUGCUUGCAAGCAUUGUAAAAAAUGCUUUAGCCAGUAUGCAAGUUGCAAGAAACAUGAACGAACUCACACAGGAGAGAAGCCAUUUACUUGCAGGUAUUGUAAAAAGUGUUUUACCCAGUCAACAGAUUGCAAGCGACAUGAACGAAUUCACACAGGAGAGAAGCCGUAUACAUGCAAGCAUUGUAGAAAGUGCUUUAGGCAGUCAUCGCAUUGCAAAAAACAUGAACGAACUCACGAAGAGUUUAGCCUUGCAAGCAUUGUAAAAAGUUUUCUAGCCAGUCAUUAGGUUACAACUGAGCAACAAGAAUGAACCAAAGGUCUAAAAGUUGCUCUCGUAUACAUGCAAACUUUGCAAAAAGUACUUCAGCGGCUCAUCAAGUUGGAAGCGACAUGAACGAAGUCAGGAAGUCAGGAUGAGUUUAGCCUUGUAACCAUUGGUAAAGAGCGUUUAAGCCACUCAUAAGAUUGCAAGGGACAUGAAUGAACCAACUCAACGGUCUAAAUGUUGCCAUUAAUUUUCCUCUAGUCGUUUUUAGUUUUUAUUUAUUUAGUUUGUUUUAAUUAAGUCUUCUCAAAUUAUAAUACUCAAAUUGCCAGGAAUAAAGCUGCUUGCAACUUUUCAUAG